AUGCGGCGUACCAUGUGGCUUCACACGACGGCGGCGCAUUUUCUCUUGGAUGGCGAAUGCCGCCUCACACGGAUGACCGAUCAUGUUGGUGUCCUUACACUCAACCGUCCCUCGCGAAAAAACGCGAUUGGUCAGACACUCCUUCGUGAACUAAGCGAGUGCAUCCGCAUGUGCCGCGACCCGGCAAAUGCCAUCCACUGCCUUCUGCUUGAGAGCCAGGUCGACGGUAUUUUUUCUGCCGGGGCAGACUUGAAGGAACGUCGUACCAUGUCACUUGAGGCGUCACGUGCGUUUGUGAAGGACCUUCGCGACACCUUCACCGCGUUUGAGGAUCUGCCGAUGCCAACAAUUGCCGCGGUUGAGGGCAAAGCCCUUGGCGGUGGCUGUGAAUUGGCACUUUGUGCCGACAUGCGUGUGGCCGGUGCGGCGGCGAUGUUUGGGCUGCCGGAGACGAGUCUCGCGAUUAUUCCCGGUGCUGGUGGGACGUACCGUGCCCCAAUGGCAAUGGGUCUCAGUCGCGCGCUGUAUUUUAUCCUGACCGCGGAGCAGCUGACGGCCGAGCGCGCGCUGCAGUUUGGUCUUGUGAAUGAAGUCGUCCCGGAGGGCGGGGCGGCCGCGGCCGCGUUGUCGCUGGCCGAACGUAUUGCACGCAACGGGCCAGUGGCGUUGGCCGCGGCGAAGGCGGCGGUGCGUCACGGGUUUGGGCGGCCGCGUGAGGAGGCACUACGGGGCGAGGAGGCGCAGUACGACGUUGUGCUGCAGACGGAAGAUCGUGUGGAGGGGCUGCGGGCAUUCGCGGAGAAGCGACCGCCAAAAUACAUGGGGAAAUGA